AUGGCAGCACCGUUCCCUUCUCCUACCAAGAAAUGGCACUCAAACACCUACCCUUCAAUCUCGCCAUCUCGUCCGGAGCUUUCCGCUAAAGGUAAGACUGUCUUGGUCACGGGCGGCGGUACAGGAAUAGGAGCAGAAACAGCUCGCAGCUUUGCUGAAGCAGGAGCCUCACGGAUCGCACUUCUCGGUCGCAGAGAGCAGCCUCUACUGGACACCAAAGCCUCGAUAGAAAAGCAAUAUCCUGGAGUCGAAGUUUUCGUGGCGUCGACAGACAUCACGAACAAGAGCCAAGUCGACGAUGCCUUCAAGAAGUUCGCGGGUAACGGAAAGAUCGACGUAGUUGUCAGUAACGCAGCGUUCACGGGGCCUCCUGACACAGUGGAAGAGGCCGAGGAAGAACGAUUUCUGGGAGCCAUCCAGACGAAUCUCAGAGGUGCGCUGUUGACCGCGCAAGCAUUCCUUCGGCAUGCAUCGAAGAACGCAGUCGCGAUAGAUGUCAACUCAUGCGCUGCACACCACAACUUCGCUGCGGCAUUGGCUUCGUACAGCAUCGCCAAAAUGGCAAACUUUCGUCUGUGGAAUAGUGUGGGAUUUGCACACCCUGAGCACAGUGUGUUCCAUAUCCAGCCAGGUGUUGUCGAUACGGAGAUGAACAGAGGCGUAGGCGGUGUCGCCGCUGCUGGAUUCGAAGAUCAUGUGUCUCUGCCGGGCAAUUUCAACGUGUGGCUUGCAAGUCCCGAGGCGAAGUUCUUGAAGGGCAAAUAUCUCUGGGCGAACUGGGACGUGGAUGAACUCAAGGCUCGCGCUCAGGAGCUUGAGUCGACGACCCAGCUCAGCAUCGAGCUGGGCGGAUGGCCUUGGGGCGAGAGCGACUACACGAGGUCCUGGAGUUUUGAGGGCCCUUCGUCCGACUAG